GGUGUAGGAUCCAUGCCAAUUUUUUGUGUUCCUUCAAUUUGUAAAUUUAUAUGUAUAUCAUUUUUUGUUUGUUUUAGGAUACCAAUUUUUUUUUAAUAUGAGAAACGUGAAUUCAUAUUUCCGUAUAUUGUUGUUUGUAUCCGUGUUUUGGGAUUUAUACUGUAUCUUAUGAUCGUACAAUGGGGAUCCCACUUUAAAAAAAACAACAGAAGAAGAAGAAAAACAAGUGAACUCAUGUUCUGUCCGAAUGGGGAGUUCGCUUCUUUCUUGGUUACAGUGGCGAAAAGGAAAACCCAAAGACAAAAGAGAGAAAAAAAAACACAGAAAAGAAAAAAGAAAAAAAAAAACGGAGACGCAAGUAUCCUGAACAUGAUUGGUUUCUCUCCCAUCAUCUAUCACCUCUGCAAUUUCUCUCGAGCAAAACCCUAAUUUCAGGUUUGGGCUUCCUUCUCUCACUGCAAGCAAAAAUCAGAUAUUAAUGUACCUCUAUACACAGAGGGAAACACUUGUAUUCAUGCUAAGGCUUUCGAAUUUCGAUCUUACGGACUCUUCUUUGAACGAGAUUUCAAAAUUGUUCGUUCGAUUUUGACUAUUAGCGUAUCCCGACCUCGCUUCCUGUCUUUGAAUUUGUCAAAUUUUGAUGAAAUUUUGCGAAUCAGUGACUAAAGAAUGAGUGCUAAUGAGCAAACUCGAUCCGGCUCCGGCAAUGGAAACGGCGAGGCUAUUCUCGGGGUUCCAGUUGAUUUACGGUGCAAGAGAUCGGAUGGUAAACAGUGGAGGUGCACUGCGUUGUCCAUGCCGGAUAAGACCGUGUGCGAGAAGCACUACAUCCAGGCCAAGAAGCGUGCGGCUAAUUCAGCUUUCAGGGCGAACCAGAAGAAAGUGAAACGGAGAUCACCGGUAGGCGAAGCAGAUACGUAUUCCGAAGGGAGGAUCGAUGAUUUCGGGGUCCCCGUCACCAGCACCGAGCACUAUAGCAACGGUACUGCCUCUGCUUCCAAGAACGGUGGCGUUAGAGAGAAGAGACAUGACAAAAGCCUGGUUCGGUACGCGCACGAGACACCCACGACGAGGAACUUCUCUGCACGUGUUGCCGUCGAUUUGAACGAUGAGUUGGGUGGAGAUGUUGGAAUGUUUGAAGAGGGCUACAGAUCCUAUAGGACACCACCGAAUGCUGCUUUGAUGGACCAGUCACGCAACAGAUCAAACCAAAGCAUGAGUCCUAUGGAAUACUCAGCAGCAAGCACUGAUGUGUCGACAGAGUCUUUGGGGCAAAUUUGUCAUCACUGCCAGAGAAAAGAUAGAGAUAGGUUCGUUUCUUGCCUCAAAUGCAAUCAAAGAGCCUUCUGCGACACUUGCAUAUCGACACAGUACUCGGAGAUAUCACCUGAAGAAGUCGAGAAAGUUUGUCCUGCGUGUCGUGGUUUGUGUGAUUGCAAACUUUGCCUGCGUUCUGAUAAUACAAUAAAGGUACGGAUCCGGGAAAUACCCGUUUUGGACAAGUUGCAGUAUCUUCAUCGUCUAUUAUCAGCUGUACUUCCAGUGAUAAAGCAGAUCCAUCUUGAUCAAUGUACCGAAGUAGAACUAGAGAAGAGGCUUCGUGGAGCUGAGAUUGAUCUUGUCAGGGCAAGAGUGAAAGCAGAUGAGCAGAUGUGCUGCAACGUGUGCCGGAUACCAGUUGUUGACUACUACCGUCAUUGUCCCAACUGCUCAUAUGACCUUUGCCUGAGAUGCUGUCAAGACCUACGCGCGGAGUCUUCGGUUGAGGUUGCUGGAGCCGACCAAAUCACAAGAGAAGGAAGAGGAGUUCCUAAACUAAAACUGAACUUUUCACACAAGUUUCCUGAGUGGAAAGCCAACAGUGAUGGGAGCAUCCCUUGCCCUCCUAACGAAUACGGAGGCUGCGGUUCCCGGUCUUUGAAUCUUGCUCGCAUCUUCAAGAUGAAUUGGGUUGCAAAGCUUGUGAAAAAUGCAGAGGAGAUGGUUAACGGCUGCAAGAUAUCUGAUCUUAGGAGCCCUGAAUUGUGUGAUUCCAGUUUCUGCAAAUUUGCUGAGAGAGAGGAGAGCGGUGACAACUUCGUGUACAGCCCGUCACUUGAAGCGGUUAAAUCUGAUGGAGUAGCUAAUCUCGAGAAACAAUGGGCAGAGGGUCGGCUUGUUAUUGUGAAAAAGGUACUUGAUGAGUCAUCUUUAUCUAGAUGGGAUCCUGAGACUAUCUGGAGGGAUAUAGACGAGAUUUCGGAUGAGAAACUGAAAGAACAUGAUCCGUUCUUCAAGGCCAUAAAUUGCUUUGAUGGGUCAGAGGUUGAUGUAAGACUUGCAGAGUUUACAAAGGCAUAUGGAGAUGGAAAGAACCAAGAGACAGGCCUUCCGCUAUUGUGGAAGUUAAAAGACUGGCCGAGCCCAAGUGCUUCCGAGGAGUUCAUUUUCUACCAAAGACCUGAGUUUAUCAGAAGAUUCCCGUUUCUCGAGUACAUUCAUCCCCGGCUAGGCCUUCUGAACGUUGCGGCCAAGUUGCCUCAUUACUCGCUCCAAAACGAUGCAGGUCCAAAGAUUUAUGCGUCGUGUGGGACAUACCAAGAAACUGGAGCUGGCGAUUCAUUAACUAGUAUUCACUACUGCAUGCGAGAUAUGGUAUACCUCUUGGUGCACACAUCAGAAGGAACAAAAUCCGAAAGUGUGAGACAGACAGAACCCGGUCCAGGAGAACCGGACGAGAAGAUGGGCGAAAACGAGUCACUUCUUAGCCCUGAGGGAAAAGGAGAGCUGCAUGAUCUAUCACUUGGUAGAGUCAGUGCGGAGGAGAAUGAAUCCGAGAUGCUGUUGAGUGAGAAUCCAGAGAACAUAACGGAUCACGGUCAGAACAUGGAAUCCUCAUGUGCAGGAGGAGCCCAGUGGGAUGUCUUUCGACGCCAAGACGUCCCAAAGCUGGCCGAGUAUUUGCAGAGAACAUUCCAGAAGCCUGAUAGUUUUGAGGCUGAUUUUGUGUCACGUCCUUUGUAUGAAGGAUUGUUCUUAAAUGAACACCACAAGAGACAACUAAAAGACGAGUUUGGAGUUGAGCCAUGGACGUUUGAGCAACGUCGUGGUGAGGCUAUCUUCAUUCCUGCUGGAUGUCCGUUCCAAUUCAGAAAUCUUCAGUCGAAUGUUCAGGUGGCGCUUGACUUCUUGUGCCCUGAAAGCGUUGGAGAGACAGCAAGACUAGCUGAAGAAAUCCGGUGUUUACCGAACGACCAUGAGGCAAAGCUUCAGAUUCUGGAGAUAGGAAAGAUAUCGUUAUACGCAGCUAGCUCAGCCAUCAAAGAGGUUCAGAAACUGGUCUUGGAUCCAAAAUUUGGAGCAGAGCUUGGUUUUGAGGACCCUAACUUAACGAAAGCAGUCUCCAACAACUUGGAUAAGGCAUUCAAGCGGCCGCAGCAAAUUAGCUGCACUUGAUCAGUCAAGAUUUGUACAGUAGUAUAACAUUGUUGUGACUUUAGCUUAAACCACUAUUCAGGAUUUGUAUGUAUCUGUGUAUAUGCUUUUUUUUAUUAUAUGCAUGUGCAUCAUAAUUCCACUUCAAUUCUCUUGAUAUAAAAAGUCGCUUUAAAUAA